AUCCGAACUCUCUUGAAUGGCAUCGAUACGUUGGUGUAGCACGCUGUCUAGCUCGUUGAGGAGUUAUAGAGGCAUCAUGGCUGCCGAAAAAGUGGCCUUAUCUGUAUCGCAAGGUUCGGCCGGACCGAAACGAUCUCGCUAUCGGCCACAUCGACGACCAGCGAGCACACAGACGGCACCGAAAGAGCCAUUGCCCGCUCGAUCUACUACUCCGAAGCCGGUCGAUGGUCCGUCUUUCACAGACAUCGCUCCCGGCUUGGAUCCAGCAUUGUUGAAGAACCUUCCAUUCCAGACGUGUACGGAGGUCCAAGCUGCAACCCUACCUGCGAUCCUCAAUGGCGAUGAUGUCCUAGCACAAGCCAAGACAGGGACCGGGAAGACGGUAGCCUUUCUUCUUCCAUCGAUACAGCGACUCUUAUCAUCCCCUAUGCCUUCUCCGCAGCACACGACCAUUUUGGCCAUCUCACCCACCCGAGAGUUGGCUCAGCAGAUCGCUGUGACAGCCGAUGGCCUGCUCAAUGUGGGGGCGCAUGGCGGAAAUAGAUAUCGCGUGCAAUGCGUUGUCGGCGGUACGAAUAUGCGAACAGAUCUCAAGCAGCUACAAAGUCAAAGAUGUGAUGUUUUGGUUGCGACUCCUGGAAGGUUAAUAGAUUUAUUGGACAAUGGCGGCAUCCAGCCGAGAUUUGCUCAACUCAAAACAUUGGUGUUGGACGAAGCAGAUAGACUGCUGGAUCAGGGGUUCCGUCGCGAACUCGCCAAGAUCAUCAGUAUGCUGCCAUCCAAUGGACGUCAAACUCUCUUGUUCUCUGCCACCUUGCCGAAAGAAGUCGAAAAUAUCGCCUCAAUUGCUCUCAAGAAGGAGCACAAAUUUAUCUCCACACUCAAGGAGGAGGAUGUCAAUGUUCAUCAGCACGUGCGACAGGAGAGUGUCGUCGUUCCAGGCAACGACAUUGUUGCCGCGACCUAUGUGGCCUUGCAGCGAGAAUACAGCUUGAGAAAAGAGCGCGGCGGUUUCAAAGUCAUGGUGUUCUUGCCCACUGCCAGAUCCGCUGCGAUAUAUCGCGAUGUCUUUCUGAAUCUAGAAAUGCCCUGUCCCGUCUGGGAGAUUCACUCGCGAAUGUCUCAACCUGCGAGAGCAAAGGCUACAGAGGAGUUUCGUCAGGCCUCAACUGGAGUCCUGUUCUCCUCCGACGUGACGGCGAGAGGCAUCGACGUCAAGGGAAUCUCAGCCGUGAUUCAGGUGGGACUUCCAAGCAGUGCUGACCAAUACAUCCAUCGCCUGGGCCGAACUGCCAGAGCUGGAGCCGAAGGUCACGGAGUCAUCGUCUUAGGGGACUUUGAAUCACAUUUUCUGACCGAACGAACGAUCAAAACACUGCCGAUACAGCCAAUCACUCUACCACCCCUGGACAGUGCUCAUGGAGCAUUGCAGAUGGCUUUCAGGUCUGUAUCUGAUGAUGACAAGGCCAAGGCCUACUCUGCAUGGCUCGGAUAUUAUAGGGGAAGCAUGAAGGCCAUGAAGUGGAAAGCCGUAGAUCUGGUUCAAGCAGGCAACGCAUUUGCGAGACACACAUUACAUUAUGGUGAGGACGCUGUCGGGGAUUGGAAACCACCCGGUCUAUUGGCAAAAACAGUAGGCAUGAUGGGUCUCAGAGGGACCCCAGGGCUCAAUGUCGUCAAAGAGCCGCCUAGAGAACCUCGACCAGGUCCAAAGCAAAUGUAGAUGUAGAUGUAGAUUUAGAGACGUUUACACGGAGAAACAAGGGGGGAAAGAGUCUGUUGCAUCAUCACGCGCCUCGUUCAUUUGUAGCCAUUUAUUUAGAUUCAUGAAGUGGACCAU